UGUCGACGCAUGAUGCCGAUUUUGCCAUUAGGAGCGGACAAGUUGUAGCAGUUUUUCGAAUGAACAUUUGCGUUCGUCGCUGUGCAAUAUAGGGAGGGACGCAUUGUGUGUUCUAAGUGACAAGGGGAGAGAGUAGGUAGGUAGGUACGUGAUAACUGCUGGUCAGCUAGUGUCAUGAGUCGAUCUGAAAUCAGUGAACAGGGUCAUGCAUGCAUAUGCGUAUGAUGGAUACCGACAACAGCAUGAUGUAUGCAAGCACCGCACUCAUUGGUUCACUUAUCACCACUGAAUUUAGUUGAUGGCUAGUUCAAAUAUGUUGAUAACAUCAUUGUGCACAUUGCAUGUAUCAUGUAAGUUUAUUGAUGGAAGGUGUCAUGCCAUGUGUCAUGUUGAAACUGAUAAGGUUUAACAAUUAUUGGUGGAAUGUGUUAUGUCAUAUUUUAUUAUGUUGAAACUGAUGAGAUUCAACAUCAGCACUGACUUCCUGAAUGUAUGUUACUUAAUAUAUUUGCUGGGUAAUUAAGAUAGAGUGGUUUGUCAUUGGAAACUGGGGGAACCAACAACAAAGAUAUGUAAGCCUUUUUGAGUACCAAGAACAGUCUGGCUUAUAAAGUAACCCCAGGAGAGUUUCCAUGGUAGCCUGAAGCUUUUCAAUUGACCAUAUGGCUUGAAAUUUCUCUGCUAAUAACCUUAGAGCUUUAUGGGAUACCCUGGGCCUGCUAGGAAUUGAGCAUUAAGUUUAAAGGAACAUUAGUGGAGAAAUGCGGUAAGCCCACAACUACAGGUUCAUAAAAGUCUUAUAGGAUGUAAAAGUGCAUGGAAGCUUUUGAUCUGGGUUUGUCAUUGUUGUAAGGCUGUAAUUCUGUAAAUGUAGAUGGCUCCAAAAGUUGUGAUCUAAAUCAAGAUUGAAGAAAAUUAUGUAUAUAAUCAGAAAUGACAUGUGAAUGAUCAAAUAAGCAUGGCAUUCACAUAGGUUAUCCAAACAGUCUUACUUGCAUUCUGAAAUCCCUUAUAACUCUGUUGGAAAGUACUCAAUAAUAGAGACCAUAUGAGGUUCAUCUGGCAUGAAUCCAUGAUAUCAUAAUCCAUCUGAGAAGCUAUCAGACAUCAGAGGGUGUAUGCAUGGAUCCCAUAACCCUUUAUUUUCUGGAAGUUGGAGUUACAUGCUUUGGAGCAUUUGACUCAUUAACAUUUCCAUUCCAAUGUCAUGCCACUACAAAAUCAUGUGUUCACCUGGACCAGAAGUCUCCCUUUUCAGUCAUGCCUGAGAGGAGCAUCCAGCUGAAAUGGACAUCCUACCAGGAUGACAUGCGUUCCUUGUUCUGCAAACUGCUGCAGUCAGAGGAUCUCUCAGAUGUCCUCAUCACCAAUGGCAGCAAAAGCAUCAAAUGCCACCGUGUUAUCCUAUCUUCAGCUUGCAAGAACUUUUAUGACUUGCUCAAGACCCAUGCUGGAGAUGUGGUCAUAUACCUGGGCAGCGUGCACACGAGUGACAUGACCUCGCUGGUGAACUUCAUGUACUCGGGCGAGGUGGACGUGGCGCAGGGCCGACUCAGUGCCUUCCUCACUCUGGCUCGUCAGUGGGGAGUUCGUGGUCUGUGCCAGAGCACUGACGCUGACGCCGACGUCGACGUCGAAGCCGACGCUGAACAGCAGCUGACUGAGCUGGGCCACGGCGGGCGUGCUGGGGCGCGGAGCGAGGGACGCAGAACGCGGCCGGACAGCGCCUCGCCGCCAGACGAGUCCUACCGCGGCUGCCCGCCGCCAGCACCAGCACCAGCACCAGCAGCUGACGUCGGCAACUGGCAGGCCAGGGCGCUGGCCCAGCCGGACGGGUCGGACAGCUCCUCUGAGGACGAGGCCGGUGCCGGGCCGGCCGCCAUGAGCACCGCUGUCCUCUCGGUGCUGAGGCCAAGCGCUGGAAAACAACGAAAGAAGCAUACAGCGUCGCUGUCGCCGUCGACAGCUGUCGGACCCGUGGAAAAACCGACAAAGUCCGCCGCCAAGGCCGUCAAGGUGCGGUCAUCCAAGGUCUCCAAGAUCACCACCAAGACCGCCCCGACGCUACACAACCUGCCGGACAUGUACGCCUGUCCGCACUGCCCGCGCGUGUUCGUCAAGCCACACUACUUCAGCCGCCACAAGGCCAAGGAGCACGGCGACAGGACGCCCAUGGAGAAGAACCGGCUGCAGCUGGAGCCGGGUGGCGUGUCCGUCGACAGUGGCCUGCUCAAGCUCAGGCUCCCCGUCGCCAAGAAGAAGACGACGAAGCGACUGGAGAGGGCGGCCGAGGCGGUGGCGGCGGCGGACGCGGCCGUGGCGGUGGAGGCGGUCGAGGCGCAGGUGGAGGCCGACUCGUCGGCGCGGGGGACCAGGGUGAUCGACAGUCCGCUAGCCAGCUCGGCGUCCGCGCCGCCGCGCAAGCCGUGGCCGCCGCGGCCGUCCAAGGUCGUGUUUGAUCAGGAGGGAAGGCCGUGGCCGUCGCCAGCCAGACCGGGCAACUCCUCGCCGCGGCCUCUGCCGCCGCGAGCUGGCCCGCCUGGCCCGCAGCCGUCGCCGCUGCAGCCCUCCCGGAUCGUGUUCGACAGCGAGGGCCGGCCGAGCGCGCCGCCCGCCGCGCCGCUCGCGCAGUCCGAGGACCGCAAGCCGGUGGGUAUAGCCACACACGUGCGCGCCGGACCGUGGUUGGCGCCGUCCCGUCCGCCGGGAGAGAGCAGGCAGGACCAGCGAGAGCGCGGCGGGCGUAGCGAGCCGUAUCGCCGCGAGCGGAGCUGGGACCGCGAGAACACGCAGCGGGAGCACGGCUGGCGGCACAGCCCGGGCGGCCGGCCGGACAGAGCGGACGGGGGCAAGGAUAGUGGGGACGGUCGACGCGACAGUGCGGACGGUCUUCGGGACGGAGGCAGUGGCGUGCCAAGCUCAGAGGCCAAGCGACGCCGCGUGGGCUCGGCGGCGCUUGAGCGCAGCGAGGGCGGCACUGGCUCGCGCUGGGGUGAAGCCGUUACCUGGUUGGUCGACCAGACGCCCAUCCCCAGGAUCUUUGGCGGCGGCGGCUACACGCCCGGCCGUUCCGAGGACGAUGACGUCAUUUUGGACCGCGAGGGCGUGUGGCCCCCGCGCGGCGGCGGUCUCUCGCGUGGACGUUAUCACCCGCCAUGUCGACGAAGUCCCGGCUUGGGCAAGGGCCACCGGUUGCUGGACGGCAGCGGCCCGAGGCAUGGCCAGCGAGGUCGCGCCCGCGGCGGGCCGGGACGCGGCGGCACUAAGCUGAGGGUGCGCCAGGACCUGCAGACGUUCUCGGGGUACCGAUGAUAGAUGGCGAGGCGUGGCGUUGGCGCGCGGAGAGACUCGAGAGUCGGCUCCACCCCGUGCGUGAGACAGGCUGUGGCUGGCGUGCCUUUCGCCGUGGACUGGCAUGGCAGGACCUCAGUCAGUCGAGGUAUUCCCGUCCGACCGAUGUUUUGUCGCCGUCUUAGUCCCGUCCGGCCGAGUGCGAAAUGUUUUGCCGCCGUAUCGGUCCCGGCAAGCGGCGUCUGCACCAGAAGCACUGCUGACCGUGUUGCCGGGACUCCGCCGACUGCGCCGGCUUCAAGCACAUGUGAACAAGUUUGGGCGUGUGGGGGUGUAACUCAUUGCGAGACGUAUGGGGGCGUACCUUAUCACAUCGUGGGCACGCUGGCACCCGCAGUGCUCAUUGUAAAUUGCUUGCGCAGUAUAUGCAUCCAUGUAACUAUCCAUGAUUGUCAAUACAAUGCAUAUCUGGACGUGGCUGCACUGCCCGGACGUGCCUUA